CGAUCCAAGGCCCGAAGGCGGCGGUAACCCCCACUGAGGUUGCCCCUCGUUUUCCCUUUGUGAGGACCAUAUUUCUCGAUUUGUGAGCAGCGAGGGACGGAUUCACCGUCGGCGGUCGCGCUGCGGCUACGCUGCCUCCAUCCACACCUUGAGGUACCUUGGGAGAUGGAGAUUGAGGCUGCUUCGGCCAAGCAGUCCAACUGGAGGAAUUGGAGGGGUUCAUUACGGCCAGCUUCGGUUUGGUUGGGGCCGACUUCCUCUGCACACCAUUGGAAGCGCAUCGUGAUUUGUCGCGUAUAUCGAGCAAGGCCCGCUAUCCGCUGUCCAGGGAUAGGAAACGCGAGGCGCAUGCGCAUCGGCCGCUGCCUUUUCCCCAUCCAAUGCCUGAUUAUAAUCGCAAUCGUCUUGGUGGUUGGUAGUGGUGGUGGUAAGGCUGCAUCUUUCACGGCGUUCUCUCCGACUGAAGGCGGAGUGCCGAGCGCGCGCUCAUGGAUGAAUAGCGACAACGCGACGUCCCAAUAUCUCUCUGCACUGCAGGCCCUUCCAGGGUUUGGACGUUCUCGAAGCUUUGCUGGAACGGCCCGGGAGCAUGGGGGUCUCUUCUAUGCUGAAGAAACGGAAUUUCCUCCAAUGCAGUCCGGAGCGAGAGACAGUUGCUGCACGUGCAGGGCGGCUCUCAACUCAAAGUCGAGGGACGUCUGGGGCAUGGCCAUAGGCAAGACAACGAUGGACCAGACAAAUCAAAUUCCUUGUGGUCCCUCAUCCCCUACCACCCAAGACGGUCCAGGAGCAUACGAAGCGAACGAGCGAGCGAGUACCGGAGCUCCGUUGGGAGGGCAAUAAUAUUAUAUGCCGCCAGCAGACAGGCCGCAACGC